AUGACAGAUACAUCUGAACAUGUGCUCACCGAGGAAGAGGAACGGCAUCAGAUUCUAAACUUCACCAAGUACGUACUUUCGCAACGGACAGGGAAUUUUCCGGAGCUGAAUCAUACUGAGGAUGGGACGGUCUUCCCCAGUAUCCGCGGAGAGACGACCAACCGGGGCUACAAGCUGUACCAGGAUGCCAAAGGAGUUUCGUGGCGUCGCCUGCGCGUGGACACUUUGGAGAAAAAGGUGUUCUACAGCGGCUCGGACCACAAGCUGCUCGCGCGCAAGCGGAUGAAGUUUUCCACGACGCCGCAGUUUCACCGGAACGAUGGGGAUAAUGAUACUAGUGAUACAGAGGAGUCGGACGACCCAGAGGACCUGCAUGACCUUGUGGAUGUGCGCAAAGUUUUGUCCCCCAUCUCGUCGCUGGCGGAUGUGGCGACUCACCCGGCGGUGUCGCGCACCUUUCAGUCAAAGGUUCUGCGGGACUUAGCGCUUGAUAUGAUUUUAAUGGUGGAAAAGGAGCAGGAAUCUGUCAUCAGCUAUAGCAGGCUUCUUGAAGUAUUUCUCGGGGACUUUCCGGACGCUCUUCACGAAGAACAGCUGGGCCUGCCCGGCUAUGACCACAAGCUGAAGCUGCCGGAAGAAGACGGCGCAAGCCCGCCAAUUGCUUAUCAAAAGGAAGCACCUGACACCGCUGAAGAUCUACACCAGCCUAAAGAAGAAAAUACGGGAUACAAGGCAGAGGAGGGGGAGGAACAAGAAGACCCAUUCUUCGCGAUACCGAAGCUGCAUGGGAUUCAGGAACUCUCACCACCAGCAAAUGACACCGGCGCUACAGAUCAAUUGGAAACUACUCGACAGCUUGCUCAAAUAGCAUUGCAGCGGAAUCAAGAGUUUAUUAGGAAUCUGCAAAAAAUUCGGAAUUGCAUAGUGAAAACAAAUCGUAUUCGAGAACGGAUUUUAGUUUGGGGAAAGGAGAUGGCAGGAAUUCCAGAAGAUGAUGUAACCGUUCCUAGCGCCUUGCAUAUAGUUAAGAGAGGAUUAAUAAGUGCUACGACGAACCACAUGGAUGAAGAGGCGGAGGAAGAUGACAUCGAGGAGGAAUAA